AUGGGAUGUAUAAAAUCAAAAAGGAAAGAGAAUCUGCAUGGAGAUGGGCUAGAUUUGAAGAAUCAACCAGUACGUAAAACUGAACGAACUAUUUAUGUGAGGGAUCCAACGUCCAAUAAACAGCAAAGGCCAGCAAAUCCAGAGGCACAGCUCUUACCAGGACAGAGGUUUGUCAGUGAAGAAACAGAGGAGCAUGGAACCAUCGUGAUAGCUUUGUAUCCCUAUGAUGGCAUUCAUGAAGAUGACUUGUCCUUCAAAAAAGGAGAAAAAUUGAAAGUUAUUGAGGAGCUGGGAGAAUGGUGGAGAGCAAAAUCUCUCACGACAAGGAAGGAAGGCUUCAUUCCCAGCAACUACGUAGCAAAAGUAAACACCCUGGAAACAGAAGAAUGGUUCUUCAAAGAUAUAACCCGAAAAGAUGCUGAAAGACAACUUCUGGCUCCUGGAAACGGUCCUGGAGCUUUCCUUAUCAGAGAAAGUGAAACAUUAAAAGGCAGCUAUUCUCUCUCCAUAAGAGACUAUGAUCCACAGCAUGGCGAUGUUAUUAAGCACUACAAAAUUAGGAGUCUAGACAAUGGAGGAUUUUACAUCUCUCCAAGAAUAACUUUUCCGAACAUCAAUGAUAUGAUCAAACAUUAUCAAAAGCAAUCAGAUGGCUUAUGCAGAAAGUUGGAAAAAGCUUGUAUUAGUCCGAAGCCUCAAAAACCAUGGGAUAAAGAUGCAUGGGAAAUUCCAAGGGAAUCGAUUAAAUUAGUGAAGAAACUUGGAGCUGGUCAGUUCGGAGAAGUCUGGAUGGGUUACUAUCACAAUAGUACGAAAGUGGCUGUGAAGACUCUGAAGCCUGGAACGAUGUCUGUGCAAGCCUUCCUGGAGGAAGCCAACCUCAUGAAAACACUUCAGCAUGAUAAGCUCGUUAGGCUUUAUGCUGUAGUGACCAAAGAAGAGCCUAUUUACAUUAUAACAGAAUUCAUGGCAAAAGGAAGUUUGCUGGAUUUUCUGAAGAGUGAUGAAGGAAGUAAACUGUUGCUUCCAAAGCUAAUUGACUUCUCUGCUCAG